UCUUUUUAGAUGGAAUAGUAUGAGAGAAAUCAUAUGACUAGGAAAGAAUGCAAUAUAAACACAAUGGUUGAAUGCGCGUAAUGGAUCGGAUUCAAUGUUGUGUAAAAGAUUGAACCCAUCAAAUUUAAAUCCGUAUUGCAAUAUAAUGGAAACAAACAUGUCACUCUACUAUUUUACAACUUGGCAAUUUGUGUUGCCACCUUUCAUUUUUUAGCAUAGUCCAAACAAAAUGUACAGCGAAGUAGUCCAAAACUUUUUCGUUAUAAAUAAGGCGUCCAGUGUCCUAUCUUUCUUUCAAAUUAUAAGGUACACACAAAAAAAGAGUUCUUUUUAUGUAAAAUUUUGAAUUGCAAUUAUUUUGCAUUUUUUCCAACAAGUGAAGACAAUUUCUGUGAGCAUUUUGAGAAUUCAUCAAAUGGCAACUUUAAGCAGAUUCUUGAAGAAAAAAAGAUCAUUAUGCAAUAAUAAUAAUAAUGCUGAUUUGAUCAGAGCAGCUAGCAACAGAUUGUUCACUACAGAGCCUUUAGUUGAUUCUCCCAAACUACAACUUCCUCAUACUAACAUCAAGUCUCAAGUUUCUCAACUAAUUGGGAGAACACCUAUGGUUUAUCUUAACAAAGUGACAGAAGGAUGUGGAGCUUAUAUAGCUGUGAAACAGGAGAUGUUUCAACCUACUUCUAGCAUCAAAGACAGACCAGCAUUGGCAAUGAUCAAUGAUGCAGAAAAGAAAGGCUUGAUAUCGCCUGGAAAGACAACAUUGAUUGAGCCAACGUCAGGAAAUAUGGGGAUCAGUAUGGCAUUUAUCGCAGCAAUGAAAGGCUACAAAAUGGUUUUGACGAUGCCCUCGUACACGAGCACGGAAAGGAGAGUGACAAUGAGAGCAUUUGGAGCUGAUUUAAUCCUAACUGAUCCAACCAAAGGAAUGGGAGGCACUGUUAAGAAGGCUUAUGAACUUUUGGAAUCUACGCCUAACGCUUUCAUGCUUCAACAAUUUUCUAACCCUGCAAACACGCAGAUUCACUUCGAUACAACUGGACCUGAAAUAUGGGAAGAAACUCUGGGUAAUGUUGACAUAUUUGUCAUGGGAAUAGGGAGUGGAGGCACUGUUACCGGUGUUGGACAAUAUCUGAAAACCAAAAAUCCUAAUGUCAAGAUAUAUGGACUCGAGCCAACUGAAAGCAAUGUAUUGAACGGAGGAAAACCAGGUCCGCAUCACAUAACUGGAAAUGGGGUCGGAUUCAAGCCAGAUAUCCUUGACAUGGAUCUAAUGGAGGAAGUACUGAUGGUUUCUAGUGAAGACGCUGUAAACAUGGCUAGGGAGUUGGCAGUGAAGGAAGGGCUCAUGGUCGGGAUAUCGUCGGGAGCUAAUACAGUAGCAGCUCUUAGACUUGCUCAAAAACCAGAAAACAAAGGCAAACUCAUAGUGACGGUACACGCAAGUUUUGGAGAGCGAUAUCUGUCGUCUGUUCUGUAUCAAGACCUGAGGAAAGAAGCCGAGAACAUGCAACCUGUUUCAGUCGAUUAAAUAUUACUUAUGGAGAUUUAUAUUACAGUCAUUGUGUCUAUGAGAAAAAUGUAUGAUCUUAUUUCUAAAUGUCUACUGUUGGAUGAUUACCUUUAUAAAUCCUGCUAUUGUUAUUUCUUA